GUGAUUUAGCGCUCAGGGAAAAUAUGCGCGGAGCCCCGUUCACUCGCAGCGGACAGCGAAUGGGGCGAUAGUUUGGGCGGCGGACGCAGAAAAUGACCUCCUGCGGCGACGUCGAGAGCUCGGGAAACUUCGCGCACGCACUUGUUUGUGUGCGGUAAUAUUACUGCUCGAGCUGGUUGCCUAGCAGUUUUAUUAUUAUUGUUAUUAUUGCGUGUUUGCGAAAUGGACCGAGUGAAGAGCUCCAUCCAGCAGGUCCCCAACACGAUCCCCAAAGUCCUGAGUCGCCGCGCUGGAGGGGCGAACAGCCUGGAAGUGGAAAAGGAGAACUUCGAGCGCAGCCAGGCUGUGAGCAUCAACAAGGCGAUCAACACACAGGAGGUCGCCGUCAAAGAGAAGCACGCCAGGACCUGCAUCCUGGGCACUCACCAUGAGAAGGGGGCUCACACGUUCUGGGCAGCUGUAAACCGCCUGCCACUCUCCAGCAAUGCUGUGCUCUGCUGGAAGUUCUGCCACGUCUUCCACAAACUGCUGAGGGACGGCCACCCAAAUGUUAUUAAAGACUCUGUGCGAAACAAGGCUGACCUCAACGAUAUGAGCAGGAUGUGGGGCCAUCUGAGUGAAGGCUAUGGGAAGCUGUGUAGCAUCUACCUCAAACUGCUCAUCACCAAAAUGGAGUUUCACAUCAAAAAUCCUCGUUUCCCCGGCAACCUUCAGAUGUCAAACAGGCAGCUCGAAGAGGCAGGCGAGAAUGACGUCAAUAACUUCUUCCAGCUGACUGUGGAGAUGUUUGAUUACCUGGAGUGUGAGCUGAAUCUGUUUCUUGGUGUGUUUAGCUCAUUGGACAUGUCCCGGUCAGUGUCAGUGACGGCUGCAGGUCAAUGUCGUCUGGCCCCUCUGAUCCAAGUCAUCCUGGACUGCAGUCAUCUGUACGACUACACGGUCAAACUGCUCUUCAAGUUGCAUUCCUGUCUUCCAGCAGACACACUGCAGGGGCACAGGGAUCGCUUCCAGGAACAAUUUAAAAAGCUGAAGAGUCUAUUCUACCGUUCCAGUAACCUGCAGUAUUUCAAAAGGCUGAUUCAGAUCCCACAACUUCCAGAGAACCCCCCAAACUUCCUGAGGGCGUCUGCUCUGUCAGAGCACAUCAGUCCAGUGGUGGUGAUCCCGGCCGAGGCAUCGUCCCCUGAGAGCGAGCAUGUGGUGGAGACGGAUGACCUCGUAGAUACAGACGUCCCACCCCUGCCGAGUGCGGUGGAGAGCAGGUUUGAUGACCUCUUUGGCACAUCAGCUGCAACUGACCCUUUCAACUUUAACAGUCAGAACGGCAUGCGUAAAGACGACAAAGACCGGCUUAUAGAGCAGCUGACUGCUGAGCUCCAGGCCCUGAAAGAAGAGUUGGAGUCUUUCAGACUGGAGAGCGGCCGUCUGUGUCAGGCGCUGCGGGGGCGUGUCAGUGAGUUGGAGGCGGAGCUAGCCGAGCAGAGUCACCUGAAGCAGCAGGCUCUGGGCGAAAGCGAGUUCCUGAAGGUGGAGUUGGACGACCUGCGCAGGGUAAAGGAGGACACAGAGAAGGAGCAGCGCAGCCUGACUGAGAUUGAAAGGAAGGCCCAGGCCAACGAGCAGCGCUACACUAAGCUAAAGGAGAAGUACACUGAGCUGGUCCAGAGCCAUGCUGAUCUGCUGAGGAAGAACGCAGAAGUGACUCGGCAGAUGACGGUGGCCCGUGCAGCCCAGGAUGAGGUAGAGAACGUGAAGAGGGAGAUGCAGGAGAAGCUGAAGACCGCCCAGGAGGCCGCCAACCAACAGGAAAGAUCCCAAGCAGAGCAGCUCCAAGCCCUGCAGGCUGACCUUGUGACCAGCAGGACAGAACUAGAGUCCCUCAAAACCAGCAUGGCCUCUUCCCAAAAGUCAAGUGAGGAGCUCAGUGUUCAGGUCGAUGCUCUGGGGCUGGAGAAGGUGGGGCUUGUGGAGAGAGUUUCUCAGAAGGAGGUGGAGCUCGCAGGCCUUGGGGAGGAGCUUGAACGUUUGCAGAGCAGUUUAGCCACUGAAAGGGAAAGUGGCAGGAAGGCUGCCGAAGCACUACAGAACCAACUCAAUGAGAAGGAAAGCCGUGAGCAGGCACUGGAGAGCGAGCUGGAGGCCAUGCGCUGGGCUGCGCUGCGGGCGGCUCUCGAAGAGGCUGAAAAGAUUGUCCAGGACAGUCUGACCCAGCUGGACGAGCCUGCACACAUCAGCUGUACCAGCUCAGCCGAUUACCUUAUGUCUAGAUGUCAGGCUGCUCUAGACUGUGUUGACCGAUUACAGCUCGCCAGGGACAGCUUUGUGUCCAACAACGCCGGUGUGGCAGAGCUGGUGCGGGCUGUGGCUCAGUUUGCCCACCUGGUUGGUGAUACCAUUGUGCAGGGCAGCGCCACUGCCCACAUGGUGCCGGUGGAUCAGGCUGACGCGCUGACCUCCAGUGUGAAGGCGUGUGGCGCUGAGGCCAUGGCCCUGCUGAGUCAGCUGAAGGAGCAGGGCACUCUGGGCACGGCGGAGAGCAGCAGGCUGAAGACAGCCCUGGAGGGAGUGCUGGCCACAGCGGAGAAGCUGCGUCCACGAGGUUUGGAGCUGCAGCAAGGAGAGCUGGGAGAUCUGGUGGAGCAGGAGAUGGCUGCCACCUCGGCAGCUGUGGAGUCUGCCGCCGCCAGAAUAGAGGAAAUGCUUAACAAGUCCCGAGCAGUGGACACUGGCGUUAAAAUGGAAGUGAAUGAAAGGAUUCUGGCCUCUUGCACAGAGCUCAUGCAGGCCAUCAAAGUGCUGAUACUAGCCUCUAAAGACCUGCAGCGGGACAUCGUGGAGAGCGGCAGGGGGGCCGCAUCUAUAAAAGAGUUCUAUGCCAAGAAUUCCCGCUGGACCGAAGGCCUCAUCUCCGCUUCCAAGGCUGUCGGCUGGGGUGCCACUGUGAUGGUUGAUGCAGCUGAUCUGGUGGUGCAGGGUAAGGGCAAAUUUGAGGAGCUGAUGGUGUGCUCACAUGAAAUUGCAGCCAGCACAGCUCAGCUCGUUGCAGCAUCAAAGGUGAAGUCUGACAAGGACAGUCCAAAUCUCGCUCGACUGCAGCAGGCCUCUAGAGGGGUCACCCAGGCAACUGCAGGGGUUGUUGCUUCAACCAAGUCGGGCAAAUCCCAGAUCGAAGAGACUGACACCAUGGACUUCUCCAGUAUGACACUUACCCAGAUCAAGAGGCAAGAGAUGGACUCUCAGGUGCGUGUACUGGAGCUAGAGACGUGGCUGCAGAAAGAGAGGGAGCGCCUCGGUGAGCUGAGGAAGAAGCAUUAUGAGCUGGCUGGCGUAGCCGAAGGCUGGGGCGAGGAGGACGAGGGAACUGGCUGAGGACCGUCCCGGUGUGCAGCAGCCUGGCCCAGGCUCGUUUUUGCUCUCCACCAGUUACUCUGCUCUCACUCCCCCUACUCGCCCAACGCCUCUCCCUCUUCCCUCCUCAUCCUACUGUUCAACUCUCUGUUCUGUCUUUAACCCUAAAAUUAAAAGCCAAAUGAAAAGGUGCUUUUUUUUUUUUUUUUUUUUUUUUUAACCCUGCUUCUUCUCCUGCCUGCGGAGAGAGGAGACUUCCAGGAGGGCCGAAAGUGGAGAUGACCUCGCUCGAGGGGUAGCAAACAGAGCCUCUAAAGCGGUUUAGAACGUUUGCCACACGCCCCAGUGGACAGAGGGAGAACUGCAGCCUCGCUGACCUGGAUGUUUCUUUAUUUGAGCUUUGUUCCACUCUACUUCCUCCUUCUCCAUUCAUACCGGCCACUCGCCCCACCACAAUUUAGCACAACUCUGAGACAACCCAUCCUGGGACGCAUCGCACAAGGGCUAGCCGCCACGCCCGCGGGAGUUGUUAUUGACACUGUGCCGUGACCUUCUGGGCCUUCAAGCAGCAGCAGCGUGUGAAUUUUCACCUCCUCUUCCAGAACUCAUUCAUCAGUCUGUGGACACCUCCAGGUUGAGGGCUCUACUGACCCCCACAGACCCCAGACCCCCACCACUAGAGAGAGGCUCCUGGCCUGGGCCCAUUCUUUUCCAGACUGUUUCCACUCCACCACCCCUUUCUUCCUUUCGACCUCAGCAGUGGCCUUGCUCUGGACUCCGGGCUAGUAGAGAGAGUUGUAGGCCCACAAGAUGAUGGCCCGUUGUGGACUAACAUUUCAAAAACACUAGCAACUGUCUGAGAACUGAACUAAACUCUCGCUCUCUUUCGCUUGCUUAACUUUCUGUGUACUUUGUCUGGUCCGUGUGCUUUUUUUUCUUUCUUUCAUUUUCUCUGUUUUUUUAAACUAGUAGUUGUUUUUUUUUUUCUUUUCAAUUAUGCAUCCUAAGCAGUAGUUUCAUAAGGAGAAAAAAAAAACCUGACUAGUUGUAAACCAUGGGCUUUUAACUGUUUAAUAACUCUUUUUAAUACGCAGGUCAUGUUUUGACUAAGGGAAUCACAUGAAUUCCCUGGUUUCAUGUGUACACGUGAUCUGUCGGCCAUGGCUCGUUUUAUCUGAUUAAGUCCAUGACAGUAAAUCGACUGACUGUUUUUGCGACCUCCUUUCUGCAAAAGGAGAACUUUUAUGAUGAGAGCACCUAGGACACCAAUCUCUGUUCUGCUGGAGAACAGUCCCCUUGGAGACCUGGUUAGAUCCGGCACCCUCAGAUAAAGGUAGUGGAAAGUGGUGUGAAAGCGGCAGCAGUAGGCAGUGGGUUCAGGCUUGGGUUCGUCAAGAGGACCGUUUUCCCAGACCAUCAUUGGCAGCCUGGAGUUCACACUCUUGUCAAGUGCUGUUAUUUCCACCAGUGUGUCUGUUGACUCCUGUUUUCUACUUCCGGUUCCACGUCCACGCGGUCAUCAGCACACGGGUGAGGAGAGAUAUCCGUGCCUUCCAAAGGGAAAAGGGUCAGAGUUCACAUUCCCUCAGCAAACCUUUAAUGCUUGCAGACUUGAUUUUGUUUGCUGUUUUUUUUUUUUGUUUGUUUGUUUGUUUUUGUUUUUUUUAGCGCUCUGUAGCCUGUUUCAGCGAAAUCUGGUGAAGAGUACCUUAAGGACAGGGAAAGCGAACCAGCAGGUUGGAUUAUAUUGCUGAUUGUGAAUUGCGAUGCAUCUUAGAGCUUCCAACACAGUGCUCUCCAGCUGUAUCCAGAUAGAGAAUGCACAGGAAAGAGAGGGUGAGACGAUGGCGAAAGAAUGAGAGGAGGCUUGUGAAGAGACGCUAAAGCAAUCUAGACCAGAUAGCCUUGUAGACCGCCACUGUCUUGUCAGCACAGCCCAUAAUAGGGCCCUGAUACACAUAAGCUUGACCCAGGCACAGGAAGUUGCAGUCUUCACUUAACUAUGAAACCAUGGUUACCUCAGCUCCCCUGCAAGGCAAAGUGAGCAGUCAGACCACCCGAGCUCCUAUGAAAUGAACAGAAGAUCAGACAGAAUAGACGAUCAGGUGCGAUGCCAUUAGCCUGGGGUGGGUAUACCAUGAGUUUUUGUGUGUGUGUGUGUGUGUGUGUGUGUGUGUGUGUGUGUGAAAGCUUUCUAUUAGUACCAAUAUGUCAGUAAUAGCUGAGUACGUGUGAGGUUUUUGAGUGAGAAGGCCCAAUAUGUGUUCCUACGUCUUACCACCUUCACCCUCUCUCGUUGCACUGCUUUGGCUGUUCCGUGAAGUUGUGACACUGGGUAUUUAAUUUAAUUGGUGUGUCCUCACCUCCCAUCUCUUGUUGUCUUUAUUAUUUUGAACGUCUUCCCUCUCCGCUUCGGAUUUGUGUCUGUAGUCUUCUACCAGCCUUCCAACUGCCUCUCACUUUAGCCAGUCAGAAAGAGAAACGAAAACUCAAUAACAUUUUGGAACCUAUCUUUGUAUGGUGUACUAAAACUACAUGUGGGGUUUGUUUUUAUUUUUCUUUUCUUUUCUUUUUUUUUUCCAAUAAAUAUUUCAACACAUUA